AUGGCGAGCGACAAAGUCACAUACAGCCAGUUUGCCUGCAUCGGCACUGGCUUUUCCGGAAUAGCCCUGGGAUGCACCAUCAAGAGGUGGUAUGGAAUAUGCGAUAUUCGCUUCUUUGAGAAAAACAGCGAUCUAGGCGGCACCUGGUUCGUCAACCAGUAUCCAGGGUGUGCUUGCGAUGUUCCGAGCCUUCUCUACAGCUUCUCCUUUGCCCCGAACCCGGAGUGGUCCAAAGUGCUGCCCUCCAAGGACGAGCUUUGGAACUAUCUCAGCAGAGUCUGCGACCAGUACGGUCUUCGUGACAAGAUGUCCUUCAACUCCACCGUUGAGAGGUGCGAAUGGAUUGAACAAACGGCUCGAUGGCGCAUCACUGUCCGGGACACAGCCUCCAACACCACUUUCACCCACGAAUGCCAGUUUCUCUACGCUGGCUCUGGCCUCUUGGUUUAUCCUCGCAAGGCAGAUCUACCAAACAUCGAAAGCUUCAACGGCCCCGUCUUCCACGCCUCCCAAUGGCGCCACGAUGUCGACCUGACAGACAAGAAUGUCGUCGUCGUAGGCAAUGGUUGUUCGGCUUCGCAGAUUGUCCCGGCCAUCAAAGAUCAGGUGAAGCACGUCACACAGUUCGCAAGAUCCAAACACUGGAUCGUUCCCGAUGUCAAAGUCCCCCACACAAAGGUGUUCCAGUGGCUGUUUAUGCAUAUUCCAGGAGUCAUGGCCUUGGGCCGCUUUGCCGUUUUCUUGUUCAUGGAAAAUAGUGCAAGGGCAUUCGGAAUGGAUAAGGCUUCUGCCGCCUAUCGCCGUCAAGUGACUGCCGAGGCGGAGCAAUUCAUCAAGGAUAAUGCCCCUGAAAAGUACCAUGACAUGCUGAUUCCCGACUUUGAACUCGGCUGCAAGAGGCGCAUCUUCGACCCAGGAUAUCUGGGGAGCCUGCACUCCGAUAGGGUCACGCUUCGGGACGAUCCCAUCCAGGAGGUGACGCCCCACGGCAUUCGCUCAAAAAAUGGCUUCACUGAGGCCGACGUCAUUGUGCUGGCCACUGGCUUUGAGACAAAUACAUUCUGCACAGGCAUCGACAUUGUUGGUCGUGGAGGGGUGACGGCAGAGGAGCAUUGGAAGUCUCUCGGCGGGCCUGGAGCAUACAACUCGACCAACAUCUCAGGCUUCCCGAACUUCUUCCUCUUGUUAGGCCCCAACACAGCGACGGGCCACACGUCAACCGUCAUGGCCAUCGAGAACGGCGUCAACUACUCCCUCCGGCUUAUUGAGCCCAUCCUGCAGGGGAAGGCCACGGCUGUCGACGUCAAGCUCGACGCGGAGAAGUCAUACACGAGCCAGAUCCAGACAGCUCUCCAGGAUACGGUGUGGCUUUCCGGGUGCAACAACUGGUACAACCGAACGCAGGACGGAACAGUGCGCAACGCCAUGGUCUAUCCUUAUUCGCAGGCCUACUUCUGGUAUCGGUGCCUGUUCCCGGUUUACGACGAUUUCGAAUACGAUGUGAGUUGGUCCUGA